UUCUGGAGGUCUUCACCCGCUCAAGCGAGGUACAUAACAAUGCCCCAGUUGGCGAGGAGCCGAACUAUUUCGCAACGUGUCCUCUCCCAGAUCCAACCGUUAAAUAUCCAUGCUUCGUUGACUGUCGUUAAUUAGGCUGCUCCCAACGAGACAAUGAACAGAGAGUCUCACGACGAGAAGGCUGACGGACUUUUUCCAGCUCCUUCCCCUCCGCCAACGGUGCUUUGUCCCCAGAGAUUGCCAGGAUGUGGUAUCGAGUCACUGAAGGCUCUGCGGCAUGUUUUAAUCGAUAAUCACACCAGACAUCACAUCUACUUCAACAACACGAAGUUUCAUAAUCAUAUCACCCAUCGAGCCCUGGCUAUAUAUGCAAUGGGAGGAAGCGGACCCGUGAUUGAAGCAUUCUACAAACAGGAUAGUGAAAUGCAGAGACCUGCUUUUGCAUCGCCCAAGCUUAUCACAGAACAGAAUUUCGUUGAGCACCUCGGUGACGAACAUUUCUAUGAGGCAUACACAUCCUUCUUUGACAAAGUUAUCGAAGAGAAAGGCGCCGCUGCAACGUUCGAGGAAUUCGUGUUUUCUGAAAAAUACAACUUCGAUCCUAGAAGGGACGCAGCAAGCCAACCAGAAAUGUUGUCGCGAUUCGUUGACGGAGUCAUGCAUCCGCUGAUUCAUUGUGGAUAUGGGGUAGAAUUCGGUUUGAAAGGCAUGCUUUCUGAGGGUCUUGCAAUGACAGCAUUACAAGAUGCUCAUGCGCGAAAAUUCCUCCCACCGUCACUGUUUGUUGCCCAAGUGGCUAGUGGUGUCGACGAAACCGAGGCCAAAUUUGCGUCACUAGUGCUCGACGACACAUCCAUGACCCCAAACAGAUCAGCAAUAGGACAAGGAACACAUGCCUUUUCAAUUCUGGCUCGAGUGCUCAAGGACCCCGGCCUUGCGCCAAAUGGCCCACGUCAAUUCGUUGCACAAUACCCAGACACACUCACGGCUCAUGAGGACAAAAUUCGCGCACACGUUGAUAAUUGGACGAUAGAUCUCUCAAUCCCAGGAGAGAUUGAACGCAAAGUGGAGGAAUGUAUCUGGACAGCAUCAGUGAUGUACGCUGUUGGAGGGUGGAAUGAGGAAGGGUUUACGGCUGACUUCUUCUUGAUGCAUCUGGUGACGUCGAGCAUAUUCAUCCCUUCACUAAUCACAUCCUUGUCUCCUCGAGCGCAGGUUUUGUUUCUCCGUGUGUACUUCGCAAGCGCAGUGGCAUCAUGGAUAUCGCGUGGCCGUCCCUGCUUGAAUUUCAAACGCUUCUUUGAGUCAACGUCUCCAAUGCCAAACCCUCCAAAUAAUCUGGCCCCACCAGUGGACAGUGUCCUAACACAAGAUGCGCAGCCGCCCAACCCAUUCCUUCCCCUUAUCCAAUCAUCCAUAAUGCACCCGAAUGACCACCACCUAAAGAUUCAGCGAGCCUUUGCACACUUUUCUGCCGUCUAUGGGACCCGGCCAAGAGGCUACUUUUCUGGCACUGAACUAGAUGGGGCAGAGGAACUUGACGGCUCGUUGUUCCUACGAGCGGCCGUGUUGACAGCAGAUUACAUGGGAUGGGUGGAAAAAGGGGAAGAGGCAAAAAACUGGAGUUUCAAUGGAUUCUUUAGUAUGUAGGUGGGGAGCAGAUUGUUUGGAGUCAUCAAUUCUUUGCUUCCCCUUGCCUCGCGAAAACUUG